GCUAUGAAGUCAGUUAUUUUAACCGGUUUGCUUUUCGUCCUCCUUUGUGUCGACCACAUGAGUUCAGCCAACCAGUCCGUGGUGGCCAGCCAGCUGAUCCCCAUAAAUACUGCCCUGACUCCGGCGAUGAUGAAGGGGAAGGUGGUCAACCCAAUGGGCAUCCCGUUCGAGGAGAUGUCCCAAAUAGUGGGAAAGCAAGUGAACAGGGCAGUGGCUAAGGACGAAACCAUCAUGCCAAACAUGAUGAAAACAUACCGCGCGGCAAAGUAG